UGCCUUUACCCUAAUAACCAACCAACCCCCGUUGGUGUAAUUGCACAAAGUAAGGAUUCAACAACAAUCAUGCUUCUGGGUGAAACGUCUAUCCACGAGACAUACUACGAGAUCCUCUCCGUCAAAGAAGACGCGAGCUAUGACCAAAUCCGCAACAGCUAUCGAUCCGCCAUCCUCCACUCACACCCAGAUAAGCUAAACACCUCUCCUUGUUGUAGCUCAGACGACAAGUUUCUCAAGAUCCAAAAGGCGUGGCAAGUCCUAAGCGAUGCAGAGCUGCGCGUGGUUUACGACAACGACCUUCGGUCUUCGAGACAGGACGGAGGAACCACUGCUGAUGAGAUUAGUAUAGAGGAUAUGUCGGUGGAGAUCAACGGACAAGACAUGGAGAUUUUCUAUCAGUGUAGGUGUGGUGAUUACUUCUCUGUUGAUUCCUCUGAGCUUGAAUCGAUGGGUUUUGAGUUGUUGAAAGAGGGUGAUUGUGUUCAAGUUAAGAGAUUGGGUGCCUCGGUGGCGUCUGUGGUUCUUCCUUGUGGGUCUUGUUCUCUGAAAACCAGAGUUUGGGUUGGUUCUGACAUGAAGAUUCCUUUCCAAGAUGAUUCAGGAUUGAGGAACUCACUGGAUGAUCUUUGAAUGUGUGGAUAGAUUCUUUUAGGAGAAGUAUGUCUUGUUACCAAUGUGAUUUUGGUUGGUUCAGAUUUGGACAUUCUUCUACAUGCUUGUUUCUUUUGUGACUUGUGUGUACUCAUUUUUAUAUUAGUUGGAGAGCUUUUUGGUAUACUUAAAACUAUAAUGGGUAACAUAAGCGGCAUUUGGAUUUCCAGUCUUGUCUCUUUUUUGUUAUUUGCUUGAAGCUGAAUUGUAGCGAAGAUCUGUUUAAUAAUCUUCUUUAAAGUUC